AAUUUGAACGGAGUUUUGGCGGGAAGUCACCGACCGCCAUCUUGUUUUAUUCCCAUCGUGCCCCGCGGCUUAGCCACCGUGAAGCGAGCAGCGGCGCGAAAGCUGAGGGCGCGCUGGCGAAAUUUCCAACUGAGGGAGGCAAGCGUUCCGUCCCAGACCCGCCGUCCAGUCUCCCGCCACCAUGUUCUACGCACACUUUGUGCUCAGCAAGCGGGGGCCGCUGGCCAAGAUCUGGCUGGCCGCCCACUGGGACAAGAAGCUGACCAAGGCUCACGUGUUUGAAUGCAACCUAGAGAGCAGUGUUGAGAGCAUCAUCUCACCGAAGGUGAAAAUGGCGUUGCGUACGUCGGGCCAUCUGCUGCUGGGUGUUGUGCGGAUUUACAGCCGGAAGGCUAAGUACCUCCUCGCCGACUGCAAUGAAGCCUUCGUUAAAAUCAAGAUGGCCUUCCGGCCUGGUGUUGUGGACCUUCCUGAGGAAAACAGAGAGGCUGCUUAUAAUGCGAUCACACUGCCUGAGGAGUUCCAUGACUUUGACCAGCCUCUGCCUGACCUCGGGGACAUUGACGUGGCACAGCAAUUCACGCUGAACCAGAGCCGCUUGGAGGAGAUCACCAUGCGGGAGGAUGUGGGAACGCUGCAGGUCUUGCAGGAUGAAGGUUAUGCUGGAUUUGGCGUGGAUGAAGAUGAACCUGAGAUCGAGCGCCACGGCAAUUCCGCGCUGGGCGAAGACAUGUUGGUGAGCAUCACUGGUUCGAGCCUGUUGUUCGACGCCGAGCAAAGUCGUGCCGACGUGGUCAGUCCCGGCAGAGAGGUUGUCAUCGCUGGUGGAAUUAAUGUGGAGAAACCACAACCCGCUGCGCCUGACCUGGACCCGCUGGAGUUCACAGAGGAGCCCUGCGGGCAAGGCAACGAUGGUUUCGGUGACGAGGAUGGCAUUCUGGUGGAUACCCUCCUGCGUAAUGAGCCUGGAAUUUUCGACGAUCCGGCUAUCAGGGCCUCGGAGGACGACGUGGGGCUGCCCAUUCAUGGCCCCAACGAUGACGAUGAUGUGGAUGAUGACGAUGAUGUGGGCGGACCCAUGAGCCCCGUGUCAGACGACGCGGCGGAGCCUGUGCCUACGCUGGCCGAACAAACCACGCUGGUGCCCAACGAGCGCGAGGCCUUCGCUCUGGAACCCAUCGACAUCACGGUCAAGGAGAUCAAGGCAAAGCGGAAGCGCAAGCUGAUUGUGGAUAGCCUGAAGGAGCUGGACAGUAAGACUAUCCGCUCACAGCUCAGCGACUACUCGGACAUCCUGACGACACUCGACCUGGCACCACCUACCAAGAAGCUCAUGAUGUGGAAGGAGAGCGGUGGAGUCGAGAAGCUCUUCUCUCUGCCUGCGCAGCCACUAUGGAACAGCCAGCUGCUCAAGCUCUUUUCACGCUGCCUGGCGCCGGUGGUGGCGGAGGAGCUGCGUAAGAGGAGACAGGGAGGCGAGGCUGACGCGUUCGAGGAGCUCAUGAGAGAGUGCGAGAACCCUGAGGUCCCGCGACAUGGACACCACAUCAUCGACGAGGUGAUUGCAGAGGAGCCAAGUCGCCUGCAGGAGUCUACACUGGUGGUGGAGGGGUCGCGCGCCAGCAUUGAUGACAAGGGAACAGCCCCCCAGCAGCAGCCCCUGGCACCACCCGCCACACCAUCGCACGGCAAGGGGGUCAAGCGCAAGGCCAAUGACCUCUCUGCACCAGACCUGGCGCCACCCGCCACCCCGCAGCCUGAGCUGCCACCGCCGCCACAGCACACGCCACAGACGCCGCAGGCUGUGCCGCCACCGCCACAGCCAGAAUACAUGGAGCCCAUGCUUCCCGACACCACUUUGGAGCCCCCUCCGCUGGAGCUGAUGAUGCUGGACGAGCAGUCGAUAGUGCCGACCAGCCUCGAACAGCUGAGCGAGCAGCCCAGCUCCAUCUCCGACAUUACCUUGGCUCUCGACGGGAAACCCAAGGAAAAGACGGGAGAAGAGGAGGAGGAGGAGGAGGAGGUUGGUGAUGAGAACCAGGACCAGGAGGAGAAGAGAUGGAACAAACGCACACAACAGAUGCUGCAUGCGCUACAGCGGGUGCUGGCAAAGACGGGCGCCGACUCGGUGAGCCUGCUCGAUUUGUGCCGACGGAACAACCGCAAGCAGGCGACGGCCAAGUUCUACAGCUUCCUGGUGCUCAAGAAGCAGCAGGCCAUCGACUUGCGGCAAGACGCGCCAUUUGGCGACAUCGUGGCCACGCCCGGCCCACGCUUUCACAACCUGUGACUGCCGCAUGUGCGUGCAUAGUGGUACCGAGGGGGAGGGAUAGGAGGUGGUGGGAUGGAGCAACAGGGGGGGGGGGAGUGGGGAUGCUACAGCCACCACCGCCGCUGUCCCUUUUCUACCGCUCCGUCGUUUGGCACUGAGUGUCAGAGCGUCUCUUUGCAGUGAGAUGCAGAUAUUGUAUGUGUGCACACGUGUGUGCAUAUUUGUGUUUCUUUUUUUUAUAUUUACAUACACACACAUACUUGUCAACACUCAGUGCUGCCACUGACCCUUUCAAGGAGGUCAUGAGUACACUUAUUCACCUGUUAAUGCUUGCCUCGGCCACGCCUCCUCACCCCCACAGGUAAUUUUCACAGUUUGAAAUCUCGUUCCCAAGCCUUGUCUUACCUGAUGGUGAGAAUGGGAGACUUGUAACGGUUUGGGGGGAAUUCACUGUGUGUGUAUAUAUGUACAUACACAUGUUUACCUGCACAUGUGUACAAUAUGCACUCCGUGUAUACACACUGUCCACGCAGUGCAUGUACAUGCACUCAGUGUAGAGGUGUACACAUGUACAAUGUAUACACGUGCAGUCUGGUGUAAUUAUGCACAUGUAUGUCACGUACACACGCAUUAUAUAUGCGGUGUAUGUGUGUAUACGCACAGUGUGUGUGCGUGUAUAUGCUGUGUUUAUGAUUUUUUAAUAUAAAAAAUGUUCACUGUCUUGGGCCACAUGAGUGCAGCUCUUUAGGUCAAUAACAAUUGUUCAAAUUGGGAUGAAAGCACCAAGUUUAGUUCAGAUGCAGUUUAAUGUAUAGUUUUUCAGUACUGUUAUGUUAUGACCCUGACAUCUUCACUAUACACACUAUGACCUUGGGAAUUAGUUAAUGACUCCUAUUCUGUAAUAAAAUUACGUUGCAAACGACAUCUGCCAGAUUUGGUGCUUUUGCAUUUUGAACUGUUGCCUGCACAUACUGCAGAAAUGAUUAUUUUCGUCACUAAAUGCCCUCUAGAUGUGCCUCCAGGAAAAAUAAAAUCAAGUUACGUACCCUGACUGUGAGAAAUGAUGCAGUGCAUAAAAUGUACAUUUUGUGUUGAUAAGUAUAUGUAUUAAGAAAGGAAUAAAAACAUAACUAAAAAAUAUGCCAGAAAUGUAAAAAAUACCAUAUUUCUAUUGGGUGCUGGAAUAACAAAGCUGGCUAGCUGAAAUGGUGAAGUUUGUAUUUCAGUUAGAGGUAUGUUACGUAUAAGGUUAGUUAUAACAAAGGUAGUGUUGUGAAAGGGAUUUUUUUAAAUGAAGGAUAGUUUAAAGGGUAGUUCUACCGAUACGGAUAGGGAAAACAUGCAAAUUUUAUGGAUGUGCUUGUGCAGAUAGGGUUAAUGCUUUUUUUAAGUGUAGGUAUAAGCCAAACAAACGUAGUGAAGAGCUAAAUUCCCAGAAAUGUGCAGCGGAGUUUGAAUCUCAUACCAUUUGUUGAUUGAUAUUUUAGUUAUUUAUUUUGGUGCCACAUUCAUCACUGGAGUUUCUUAGAGAAUUCAGCCAUUGGUACAGGUAGCUGAUCCAAUCGGGUGGUUUUGUUGGGUUGAAUAACCCUCCCUGGCCAAGAGGUGUGGCAGCCAUUUGAUUCUCCUUCGAGAUCUCACCACUGCUCGGUGCAGCUCAAGGGAUUUGAUUGAAUUAAAAUUUCAGUGCACAGUAGUUAUUAUUUGAAUGUUCUAGUCUUUUUUUAAGUUAAAAUAAUUAACUAUUGCCAACUAUUUCUGGAGUGGCUUCCUUUUCUAAAAUCUGGUUAAGACCACAUUUACAAUAAUUGGUUAAACAAAUAAGUAAAUGUUGGUGAUUAUUUUGAUUGCAGAAAUAUAUGUGCUAAUAGUGGCCAACUGGCAAUGUUUAUUUCCCAUUUUUUAUUAAAUUUUAAUUGUGGCAUCAACACUGGUUUAACAUUUUCUUUUUAAAACAUCUAUUCAUAUGGUCAUAAUCAUAAUAAAUUGAGGAAACUGAAAUGGAAUUCUAAAAAAAAACAUCCACAGGUUUCAUAGAGGAAAUA